UGAGUCAUUCAUUCCUGUACAGGGAGACAGUCAGAGGGGGGAAAGGGAGAGUGCAGGCAGGAGGGCAGAGACUGAGGGCAAAGAGACUACAGAGGACGAGGAGGAGAAGAAGAGGCAUAAAGAAAGAGAGAGAGGGAUAAAGAGAGUAUAGGAUAGAUAGAGGGAUAAAGAGAGAGAGGGAUAAAGAGACAGAGGGAUAAAGAGACAGAGGGGGGUCAGUGACUCAUUCAUUCCUCCAGACAGUCAGAGACAGGCAGACAGCACAGAGCUCAGUGCCAGGACUUAGGAAAGUGACUCAUUCAUUCCUUGGAGGAAAGUGAGGGAAUGAGGAGAGGGAGAGACCGCUGGCACCGGUAAGUGGUCACCCAUCUCUACACGUGGCAAGUGAGCAGCGGAGCAAGGGCCACCCGGGCAACAACUGAGGGGCCACAGACCCUGCGGAGAUGAUGAGAGUCUGCCACCUGCUGCAGCCCCUGCUUAUUCUUCUUCUGAUGAGAAUGAGCAUGGGGGAGUUCACAGGGUCUGAAUGUCCUGACGGAUGGAAAUGGAGCGACGACCUCGGCAAAUGUAAAGACUGCAAGAUCUGCGACACGUCCAGCAAGGACGACUUCUGCCAGCAGUGUGACAGCUCCGACAAACAAGGUGACUUCCCUUGGCUAUUGGUCAUCAGUAUCUCCGCAGUCGCCGCCUGUCUCAUCACCUUGGUCCUCGGUCUCACUGUCUACCUGGUGCGCUGCCGGCCUAAGAAGAAGUUUACCACCCCCAUAGAGGAAACCGGAGCCCACUCUGCUGAAGCCCUUCUCAUACACUGAAGAUCACCACAGCCGGAUGCUCCUCCUCCCAGAAAGGAAGCUGCUACUGUGCACUGUGUAUAUAUACAUAUAUAUGUAUAGGAGGUGUAUAUACUGUAUCUAUAUGUAUGUAUAUAUAUUAUAUCCUGCGCUGGACGCAGAAUGGGACUUUUUUUUAACCCUCUCUCGCCCGGAGCGAUUUGGAUUUAUUGCUGAGCAGUGUCAUAGACUUCCCUCCCUGGCAGGCAAGGGGUUAGUCCCCCUCCCCCGCUUCCUGUGCCCCCCAUCUUCCACACGUUCUGCCGAAACACCACCGGAUCACGACCCAUCGCCACUCAUGACACAUUCCACCCGGAGUAGUGACUGUUAGCUCCGCCUACCAGGAGACGCCUCAUGUGCCUUGUCAGAACCGCAGGGGAAUCGAAUAAAAUGCGGAG